AUGACGGUUGCGGCAUAUAUAAAGGAGCUGUUUAUCGAGACUCCCAAGACAGAUGAUCCAAAGAACUGGCCCAGGCGGAAAAAGAACAUCGUCGUCAUGACGAUCGCCUACUGCGCCUUUGUGGGCCCUCUUGGAUCGAGUAUCUACAUGCCUGCUGUGCUCCAGGUGAAAGAGGAUCUCAACACCACUUCGUCCCUCGUCAGUGCCACGCUCUCGGUGUAUGUCCUCGGCAUGGGCAUCAUGCCCGUCUUCUGGGCCUCCCUCUGCGACUACCUCGGUCGUCGCCCCAUCUACCUCAUCUCAAUGUUCAUCUUCAUCCUCGGCUCCGUCUUUGCCGCCAUUGCCCGCAACAUCUGGGUCUUCUUCGUUAUGCGUUUCAUCCAGGCCGUCGGCUCGUCCUCCGUCCUGGCUGUUGGAGGUGGUUCCUUGUCAGAUGUCUUUCACUCCAGCGAACGCGGUUCAGCCUUUGGACUUUAUUAUCUCGGACCAUUGAUUGCUCCCAUGAUUGGUCCUAUUAUCGGAGGUGUCAUCUCUGAUCGUGCCGGCUGGAGGUACACGAUGUGGUUGCUGCUGGUAGCGGCUGUGGUCGCGUUCUUGAUGGUCUUGUUCAUCCUCCCCGAGACCUACCGCCACAGGAUCGAUGAGGUCAAGCCCACAGCCGAACUCGAACCAGCGGGGGCAAUCUCGCGCUCUCACAUCCACUCGACUCAUUCCGAUCCCACCCUUGUUCCCAGCAAAUCAUCUCUUCAUGGAGACUCCGACUCAGAUACCGAUUCAGUGAAUGAGAAGGCGUCGCUCUCGGAUAAGCACUCUACCCAGGGCAAAGUUCACGUCACCACCGCGAUGGAGUUUAUUGUGCCCAAUGUUGUCCCUCCCUGUGUCAUUCAGGGUGAGGAAAUGGAGACUGCCAGCUCAAGCAUCGCAUCCGGUUCCCAAGAAAAGACUUCAGGACACGACAGUCCCGCAAUGGAAAGACAUGUGGCCUUCCCCAACAUUGACAACAAGGCAGCCAUUACUACCCUUGAGCCCAUCGACGACAACAACCCCCUGAAGCGCAAACCAUUCAACCCUCUUCGCCCAUUCGUCUGCAUGCGCAAGCCCAUCAAUGCCCUCCUGAUCACCUUCAACGCCCUCUCGCUGGGUGCCCAGUUCUGCAUGAACAACACCCUGCCCAUCUCAUUCCACGAUGUCUACAACUUGACAGAGUCGAAUAUCGGUCUGUGCUUCUGUGCAGGAGGAUUGGGAUCGGUCUGUGGUUCGCUUCUGGGAGGACGUUACUCGGACUAUGUUAUCCGCAAGUGGCUGAUCAAGCAGGAGCUCAAGAAGAAGAGAGACGCAAAGGAUCGUGCUGCUGCCUUUGGCAAGGAUGAGGUCGAAAUUACAGCCUGCGAGAAGGUCUUUGACGUCGCUGUCCAGACCCCACCCGAGGUUCGACUCCAAAGUGUCUGGCUGGGUGUGUUCCUGUUGCCAUUAGGAUUGAUGCUAUACGGAUGGUCAGUCACAAAUGAACUCCCCCUAGCGAGCGCGCUCGUGGGCAUCUUUCUUGUCGGAUUCGGAAUGAUGUUGGUCUAUUCCAGUACUACCACCACUAUCGUCGAUGCCAACUCGGAGGGCAACAUGGCCACUUCUGCUGUUGCCUGCAACAGUUUUGCUCGUGGUGUCUUCGGAGGCAUUGCUGGUUUUGUUGCUCUGCCCAUGGAGUCUGCUAUUGGCUCUGGAUGGUUGUAUACCUUCUGGGCCAUCAUGACUUUUGUUGGGUCCGCUGGUCUUGUUGUCCUUGUUGUCAGGGCCCCCGUUUGGCGUAAGAGGGCUGCCGAGAAGGAACUCAACCGAGUUUGA